AUGGUAUUGGAAAAGGGAAUAAAGAUUGUGGGGGAGGAUAUUUAUUAUUAUGGUGCUGGAGGAGGUGGUGGAGAUGGAGAAGGUGGUGGAGGUGGAGAUGGAAAUACAGGAGAUGGAGAAGGUGGUGGAGGUGGAGAUGGUGAUGAGGGAGGUGGGCAAUUAACUGGAGGUGGUAGAGAUGGAGAAGGUGGUGGAGGUGGAGAUGGCGAUGGGGGAGGUGGGCAAUUAACUGGAGGUGUUGGAGAUGGAGAUGGUCCACUGAUAGGUGCAAUCAAUGGUGGUGAUGGCAAUGGAGAUAGAGAUGGAGAUGGUCCAUCGGUAGGUGCAAUCAAUGGUAGUGAUGGCAACGGAGAUGGAGAUGGUCUAUCAGUAGGUUCAAUCAAUGGUGGUGAUGGUAAUGGAGAUGGAGAUGGUCCAUCGGUAGAUGGAAUCAAUGGUGGUGAUGGCAACAGAGAUGGAGAUGGAGAUGGUCCAUCGAUAGGUGAAAUCAAUGGUGGUGAUGGCAACAGAGAUGGAGAUGGAGAUGGUCCAUCGGUAGGUGAAAUCAAUGGUGGUGAUGGCAAUGAAUAUGGAGAUGGAGAUGGACCAUCGAUAGGUUCAAAUAAUGGUGGUGACGGCAAUGGAGUUGGAGAUGGUCUAUCGAUAGGUGAAAUCAAUGGUGGUGAUGGCAAUGGAGAUGGAGAUGGUCCAUCGGUAGGUACAAUCAAUGGUGGUGAUGGAAACAGAGAUGGAGAUGGAGAUGGUCCAUCGGUAGGUUCAAUCAAUGGUGGUGAUGGCAACGGAGAUGGAGAUGGUCCAUCGGUAGGUGCAAUCAAUGAUGGUGAUGGCAACGGGGAUGGUCCAUCAGUAGGUUCGAUCAAUGGUGGUGAUGGCAAUGGAGAUGGCCAAUCAGUAGGUUCAAUCAAUGGUGGUGAUGGCAACGGAGAUGGAGAUGGUACAUCGGUAGAUUCAACCAAUGGUGGUGAUGGCAAUGGAGAUGGAGAUGGUCCAUCGGUAGGUGCAAUAAAUGGUGGUGAUGGCAAUAGAGAUGGAGAUGGUCCAUCUGUAGGUGCAAUCAAUGGUGGUGAUGGCAAUGGAGAUGGAGAUGGUCCAUCAGUAGGUUCAAUCAAUGGUGGUGGUGGCAAUGGAGAUGGUCCAUCAGUAGGUUCAAUCAAUGGUGGUGAUGGCAAUGGAGAUGGAGAUGGUUCAUCAGUAGGUUCAAUCAAUGGUGGUGAUGGCAAUGGAGGUGGUCCAUCGGUAGGUGCAAUCAAUGGUGGUGAUGGAAAUGGAGAUGAAGGUGGAGAUGGCCCAUUGAUAGGCGCAAUCAAUGGUGGUGAUGGCAACGGAGAUGGAGAUGGUUCAUCGACGGGUGUAGUCAAUGGGGGUGAUGGCAAUGGAGAUGGAGAUGGAGGUGGUGGUGGAGGAGGAAAAUGGAUUGGUGGUGGUGGUGAAUUUUAGUAAUAAGGUGGUGGUGGAGAUGGAGUAGGUGGUGGUGGAGGAUUAUGGUAAUAAGGUGGCGGUGGAGAUGAAGAAGCCGGUGGUGGAGGAUUAUGGUAAUAAGGUGGCGGUGGAGAUGGAGAAGGCGGUGGUGGAGAUUCGUAAUGAUAUGUUGGAGGAGGAGAAAGGAUUGGUGGUGGU